AUGUUCAUCAUCGCGGUAAUCGUAUCCAUCGAGACGAGGAAUCCAGACGACUCCGGAGGACGCUCGAGGACGCUCGUCCGAGGAGACCCCUCGUACAGUAGCUCAGUCUUCCCGUUCGGGCUCCGGGUCGACCCGAUCGAUCGAAACCAGACUCGCGGGUCGGCCGGUGAAGUUCGUUCGGCAGCCGGAUCGAGGGUCGGGAGUCGAGCGAGGACCGACCGGGCUCAGAGGGCCGACCGCGUCGAGGGUGGGAACGGCGAUCGGCAGCAAUUCACGGAAGCCUUAAUGGAGCUCCGACACGAGGCAUCGAUCGAUCUCUCCGCCGUUCGGGCCGAGAAAUGCCGGCUGCGAGGUUACGAACUUCCGAGCGGAAUCGAGGAGGACGACUAUUUUACUAUUUUUUUCUUCUCCCCCAACGACGUGGCAAUCGAAGCGGGUGGGUGGACGAAUGGAUGGAGGUGUGACGAAGUAGGAGGAGGGAGGAUGCGAGAGGAUAUAAAAGGGGACGGGACGCUGGCAGAGUCUACUCCAGCAGCCGGCCUCCAUCUUCCAACAUCCCCUUUCUUCCUCUCAUUCUUCCACCGACGACCGGGUGCAAAUGGGAUGUUUUACAAGUGGCAAAGGAUGAACUUGGACGCUCUCGGGACGCUGGCCGUCCUCGUAGUUGCCUGUGCCCAGGCAACGGCUGUGAUUCGUCCUCACUCCCCCUUCCAAGACGUCCUGGAUAUACCCCAUCCCAACGAUGUAUUCGUACAAGAAGAGAAGAAACCGGUUGGACACCAUCAGUACGUGAGGGCUUGCGGGGACGGCCUCCUGGAUUUGCUCAUUCGACUCUGCGAAGGGAACGUCUCCGUCGCCAAGAAAAACAUCGAUUCAUGGGAUAGGUACAGGUGGGACCAUCUGGGGAUGGGUCUCAUCCCGCGGACCGGUGGAGAAGGAAUGGUGAAACGCCAAGACGGGAUCGUGACCAUGUGUUGCUGGCAUGCCUGCAGCGUCGAGGAGCUCAUGCAGUUCUGCGGGUAACGGCCAACCGACCCUUCUGCUCGUUCUCCGACUUUUCCCCCUGUCGUCGUCGUUACGCAGUACCUAUAUCUUUGUGAUCAUCACCCUCCCCGACAUGCAUGUAACAUAAACCUUCCUUUCUUUCUUUCCUCGAUCGGUUCGAUUCUUCAAUCUUUUGCUGACGUAUUCCAACUCUUGUUUGCACGACUACCGUGCGCACCAAACCGGCUUUCCAAGCCCAACUGGCCAUUGGGAAAUAAAGUUUCUCUGAAACUUCGACGUUGC